CUCGCUGACACUUCAGAGCAACUUCAAAGGACAUCCAAUUCGACUUUAGAUGCUAUUGAGACAUGGGCCGUGAUUUCCGCUCUAUGAAGGUGGUUUAUCUGGCUCUUCUAGUCCUUCGAGCCGUAUUCGCUCUGAAAGGGACAGGGUACAUACAUCCGGAUGAGUAUAUGCAGAAUGGCGAGAUCACGACGGGUGACUUUCUGGGUCUCCAUGUCUUGCGUACAUGGGAGUGGGAUCACUCGUUCCCCGUACGCUCCAUUGUGCCUCUUUUGAUCACUACUGGCGCCCCUCUCUGGCUGGUCAAGCAGUGUUCAAACAGUUCACAUGAUACUACUUCUAUUGAACCUCAGCACAUAUUUUAUAUCCAUCGCUUGGUAUAUCUCGUUCUUUCCUACGUCUUAGAUUAUUGCGUUUACCACCUCGUACCCGGAAGGAGCUCUCGAUGGGCCGCCCUUGUUCUUCUAGCUUCGUCUCAUGUCGUGCUGACCUUCCAAGUCCGACCAUUUUCCAACUCGGUGGAGGCGGUCUUGCUUGCCCUUUCUCUGCUAGUGCUGAGACGACUGCUUGAUACAUUCGAUGCCAAGGUCAUCAAAGACCUAGCUAUCUUAGGGUCGUUCUGUGUCGCUGGAACGUUCGUCAGGCCAACCUUUCCGGCGUUCGUAUUGCCUAUCGCAGCCCAAGCUCUGUCACAUACCUACCGCGUCAUCUCGUCUGCUCGGCCCUCGCCCAGUUUGCUUAAAGUCUCCAUUUAUCUCUCAUGUCUACCUACGUUGGCUAGUCUUGCGACACUUGUGCUGUUCGUAGCCGCGGACACAGCGUAUUUCGAAGGCGACUUGACUUCUCCCGUCUUAACACCCUUCAACUUUUUACAGUAUAACCUCGAUCCUGAUAAUCUUGCUGACCAUGGGCUGCAUCCUCGAUGGCUGCAUCUUGCCGUUAACCUGCCAAUGAUCAUUGGCCCAGGCAUGUUCUACCUCCUUGUUCGGACGUUGACGCAGGUUCUUCCGUCUGCGUGGACCCACAACCAGCAAGGGACGAAAAGUGCCAAUGGUCCUUUCGAGCAAACUCUAUGCUUUGUGAUCGUCACAUCCUUGGGCGUUUUGUCCAUGCAACCCCAUCAAGAGACGCGAUUCUUGGUUCCCCUGCUUGUACCCAUAGUGGUACUCUUGGCUAAGUCAAGGCGCCUUGAAAACUUGGAGAAACAAUUCUGGACCAUCUGGCUGAUAUUCAAUGCUGCGGUGGCAGUCCUCUUCGGAUUUUUGCAUCAGGGGGGUGUUGUACCAUCAUUGAUGUAUUUACAUGGCGAGCUUGCCUCGUCCCCUACGACCAACAUAACUAUCGCAUAUUGGAAGACGUACAUGCCUCCUCGGCAUCUCCUCGGGCUCACCGAACAAGAACGCAUAGUUCGCUCGCUGAACGUUUUUGACAUGGCUGGGACAUCUAAAGAAGACCUUCUGUACACCGUCAUUGCCGAGGCGCACGAGGACAUAUACCUUGUGACCCCACUCGCGAUGCAUGCUACACUACCGGAAGUGGCUGCCAGCUGUCUGGCCCUCCAGCAACGCAUAUAUCCUCACCUAGAUUUGGACCAUAUCCCGGAGAGCAUUGAAGCUGGAUGGCCCGAUGGUCUCAGUUUGGGUGCAUUUACUGCUGAGCGUGUAUGCCUCCAAUCGGCUUUAGAAGCAACACCUAUACCGGAGGAUACCACUCCACCCUCGUAGAGUAGGAGCAUGCUGUGGAGUGCGCGAAUCUCUCUCUCUCAAGGUAGUCAAACUCUUCUGAUGUAGCGCGCAAAGCUGCCGAGAAACGGCCAUUUUCCAUCCUGCAUCCACUACUGCGGAUGGGGCCCCGGACUGGCUCCGGAUCUGCUUAGAGGAGUACCUUGUGAUGUUCAGCGUAUGCUCAGUCGUCAUCAUGUGUACC